AACGUAAACAUUGUGGAGUGUUUUGAUGGAUAGAGAGGAAAUCGCGUGGUUUUUGUGAAGAAAUCCCCCCGGAAAGUGUUGAGAAUGAGUUCUAUUGAGGGCCUUCAGUGGUAUCCACGCAAUCCCGACUACUUCUACACGUGGGGCUGCGAGAUGAAUGUGUACAAAGUGGACACGAGUCUGCGGCAGAAUCUGUCGGUGACUUCCAACGCGUAUCUGGAUCUCUCGCCCUGCACUCACGGGGUGCUCCAGGUGACGGAGCCCCGCUAUGUGUACAUCCGCUGCACGGCCCCAUCCUACCAGCCCAACUCCCUGCUGGCCGCCGCCGGCCUGGUGAACGGCAAGGCGGUGUUGUGCAACUUCCUGACCCACUCCGACUCCAGCAUCGAAUUCACGCCGAAGCACUCGCGCGCCUGCCUGUGCCUGGCGUGGAGUGAGACAGAGACGAAUCUGCUGGCCAUGGGAUAUGACAGGAAUCGCUCGGACCACAGCAUCUUUGUGUGGGACACGUCAAAGGACCUCAGCAUUGUGCAGCAGAUCGGCCUCUCCGAGACUGCCCACUCGCUCUGCUGGGACAAAAGCGCCCGCGUCAUUUAUGCAGGCAUGAGCCACAAGCAUAUCAAGGUGUUGGAUCUGAGGUCGGGCAGCUCCAGUGUGUCAACAACCAGCACCAGGGCCAUCCAUGGGCUGUGCUUGGCUCCCGGUGGCCGCUAUUUGGCCAGUUACAUAGAUAACAACCUGACUUUGUGGGAUGUGCGGAAUAUCGAGAAAUCGCUGAGUCAGCGACAGACACAGAAGAAUAUCAAUCAUGUGAUUUGGUGCCCAACGAGGAGUAGUGUUUUGAGUAUUCUUCAGAGGGAUUCGCCAUUUGUUCACCUCCUGGACCUACACUGGUCUGGGGGGAGUGACAUGGAAGGUGAGCCCUACACCAUGAAGCGCUACGCUGCUCCCUUCCAGUCAAGAAUCCUGUCGGGCGCCCGUAAUAUUACAAUUCAGCACAUUUCGUGGCAUCCAAAAGAUUUGGAGAGAAUGCUGGCUGUGACUGGUGCGGGAAAUGUGACGGAUUUCCAGGUGCCACAGCGCGUCGCAAUUGCCUGGGAUACGAAGAAUAACUUGUGGGGAUCGUCUGGAGUGCGUCUGGAUCUCCAGCAAUUUCCUGCCAAUUCACCCAGUGUUUCGGGAGACUCCGUGGCGGACGUGACAUCGAACACAGACGAUGAUAUCUCAGCGGUUAUCUACAGACGUGCCCUGAUGGAUUACGGCCACGGCACGGACAUUCAGCGCAAUGAGGAGCUCACGCAGAAUCCGAAGCUGAAGAGUGUGUGGAAACUGCUGGCCCACAUGAGUCGCGAUGACUGGGCGCAGGGAUUGAAGAAGAAGCUGGGCAUCUCCAACACGCCCGAUGUCAUGCAGACGAUGCAUCGCAGUGAGAUCAUCAACAUUCCAUGGCAGGACUUUCCCUCCUUCGGCUACAUUCGCGUCUUCCGCAGUGAGCAUCGCGACUUUGCUCAGCAACUGUGCGGCUGGACAUUCGACAGGGAGCGCGAAGGGACCUUCAGUGCCUUUAUAGAUGAGCUGAUGAUGCGCAAGGAGUUCACCAGAGCAGCUUUCAUUGCCGUGGUGCAUCUGCGCGUGAAGUACGCCAUCGAGAUUCUGGCCAAGGGUGCGGAUUUGGCGACGCCCGAGCAGGCGAAUGGCUUUCGCAUGGCGGCAAUCGCUCUGUCGGGCUUCAAUGUGGAGAAAGGAGCCAUUUGGCGCAACCAAUGCGCUCAGGCUCAUGCUCAAAUUUCCGAUCCCUACCUUCGUGCCAUCUUUGCCUUCCUCGCUCCAGACUCUAGCGAGACGUACGACAUGCUCCUCAACGAGACUGACAUCUCACUGAGCGACCGGAUGGGCUUCGCGUGUGUCUUCCUGUCGGAUCAGCGCCUGUCGGAUUACGUCAAGUCCUCCAUUCAGACGUGCAUCGAGAAGGGAGACCUCAAUGGCGUCCUGCUCACGGGGGCGACAAACGAGGGCAUCACGCUGCUGCAGAGCCACCUCGACUGGACGGAGGACGUGCAGACUGUGGCGCUGAUUGCGGUGCACUUUAUGCCGAUUGACUUGAUUCGGGAUUAUCGCGUGCAGUACUGGAUCAGCAGCUACCAGGAUCUGCUCAACACGUGGGGCCUGUGGGAGCAGCGGGCGCAACUGGAUAUCCUGCUGGGCGCCAUCAGAUCCCCGCCGCGCGUCUCCAAGUCCGUCUUCCUCAUGUGCAGCUUCUGCGGCAAGAACGUGAGCGGGUGCAUUCAGGAGGAGGUGCGGAGUCGCACGGGCACGGCGCACGUGAACAAGCUCUCCUCCUGUCCCAACUGCCGCAAGCCGCUGCCCCGCUGCGCCCUGUGCCUGCAUCACAUGGGCACCACGACGGGCAACGCCGCCAGUCAGCACCUCUGCGGCGGCCACUCAGCGCUCGGCUGGCAAUCCAGGCCGUUCUCCAAGUGGUUCUCCUGGUGCCAGACGUGUCGCCACGGCGGCCACACGGAGCAUCUGGUGCAGUGGUUCCAGCAGCACUCCGAGUGUCCUGUCACAUCGUGCAACUGCAAGUGCUUCGCCGUGGACCAGCCCAUGCCCAAGUUUCCCACAGAGAACCUCCAGGCCGCGCACACAGCAUAGCGCGCCCUCAGUCUCUCCCUCGCGCGAAACCACAUGUUUUCCACCCAGCGAGAGUUUAAUAAAUUUGACAACAUAUUCACGAUAGCCCAGCCACUUUCAGCCAACCACGAGAGCAACUCACUCACGGGGGGAUUUUUCCAUGAAAUACUCUUGCACUGUGCCAAAAUGCCCUCCCUUGCCGCACAAUUUUAUUUUUAUGACUUUUCACGCAGCGUCUGCCAUGGAAAAUGUGCUGCCAUUGUCAAACUUUUGCUUUAUGUGACUUAGUCAAAGACCUCCCCAAGCCACAGAGAGAGAGAGAGAGAGUGCAAAAUUGUCUAAUGAAAAACACACUCCUGGCGAAGGUGAAAAGAAAGCAUGUCUCAUCAAUCACAGAAGCGCAAAUCAAGGAGAAAAUAUGAUGUGAGAAGAAAAGGAGCUCAACUGCCGCUUGGCGUCACUCGAAGGGAGAGCAAAUUUGCACAAUUGGCCAGUUUAGUCCUCCUCCAGGUCAAGAAGUCAUCUGAGAUAGCACGGAGCCUCUUGACCCCGGACUGGAAAGGAUCUUCGGGGUUGGAGAUAAAGGGGACUGAACAGGGGUGGAAGCCCUUUGAACAUUAUUAUUUGACUUUAUUGGGUCAACCUACGAUUAAAUUCACGUCCCGCAAUUUGCAAGCCAAUAUCGAGAUGGCUUUUGAUGACUGGAUAACAUUAAAUUUCUUGCGUACCUAAAAUUGAUGUCUCUGUGUGAGUGUGUUGACGAAAUCUGAAUGAGCGAUGCGAGGAAACUUUAAGGGUUACAUAGAUUCUGGUUUAUAUUAAUUUAGCAUAAAGACUUACCGUGAAUCACGCACAAGUGCAUUUCCACAAAAGGAAAUUUAUUCAAAUGGAGAAUGAAACGUGAGUUGCUGUUCAAAUAAAAGCGUCGAGAAAGACUCAAAUUAUCUCAACAGUGUUAGAUUCGACCAGAAAAGUGCACACAAUCUUGUGACAAGCAUUCAGAGAGCUUUCUGCAGUUUCUAAUCGAGGCCAAAUUGAGUUCUGUCAUCACAUUCAAAAAAAAAUCCAUCCAGACGAAGAGUGAAGGUGUGACUAGAAUGUGUGCAAAAACGGUGAAAUUCCUGUGCUGUUCUCUCUAAUCAGCUGAAUAUUUUUAUGCUCCACAGAUUGUGUGACUUGCCUUUUCCCU